UUUUCUAGGUCACUCAUUUAGCUGUUCUCAGGGCAGCUAUAGCUCUAGCUACUCAUCCUGCAGUAGACAGAGCUAUAGUCGCUCUCUUCCCAAUGUACCAGGAUGUACAAAUACUUGUGCAGGCAACCAGAGCCUGUCUGCCUCUAACAUAGAUUGGCUGGCCAAUCUGGAUGCAUUGAAGGAGAGUGUGAGGUUGGCAGGGACCAGCCAGCUUGACUGGCAACAUAUUGAUAUGACACAGUUUCAAGGUUUGAUGGAAAGCAUGAAGCAAGCGGACCAGAAUAACUGGUCUCUGAAUCCACAAGAGUUUGCAGACCUGGCAUCGUCGCUAAAUUCAUUUUUCCAGCAGGCGGGGAUCCUGCAGCAGUCUCAGCAGGGGGUCCAGGUGAACUAUGACCUCUUUAACAGCCACAAUAGCCAUCACAGUUCAGCUUCUAGUUCUAUCUCAGGCAACUAUAACAGUCACUCCAGCUCCCAGGCAGGAUCCCUUAUGAGUAACAGUGGCACCCAUCUCAUGCCCCCAACACCUGGCUCUCAGCACUCCCUUAGUCCUCAGAUCAGCCCAAGGCAGAUGCAGCAUUCUGGUAGCUACAACCAACACAUGCCAAUGAAUCCUCCUCCCCCUCCACGUCAGCCGCCACCACAGUACAACAGCAAGCCGUCAGAUGAAAUAGAGUUUGAGUUUGACUACGAUAAACUGUUAUAGAUAUAAAAAUUUCGACUUUUUUGACAAGGUACUGGUGGGGUUGCCACCUGCACUUUUUGAACAGCAGGACUUGAGAAAAAAGUUUGUGUACCACAGAACUGUAGAGGGCAGCAGCUAUGUAUAUUUACCAGACAUUAGAGAGCAGCACUGCUCUUGCAAGACAGUCCCAUCCUUAGGUACCAUAUGUUUAUAAAGUGAGCAGUGGAUGUACGGAGAAACUGGAGAAAAUUUCACUGAGCUUACAAGACAAACGGAAGACAAGGCUGGCAUUAAAAUGUGAGGCAGUUAGGGCAGCGCUACAGUGCAGCC